AUGACCGCCCCGUCCAAGCCAAAGCAAGCGCUCGAUUUCGACGGUGCCCUCCUCCAAGAACUCCAAGGCGAUCGCGAUGAGGAGAUGUGGGAUGAGGCGCUCGACUUCAUUGUGGAAAAGUUGCCUCGUAAUGAGUGGUCCAAGGGUGAGGGUGGGGUGAAAAAGAUAAGGAUGGUUGCUGAUGUUGCGAUUGUCAAGAAGGGAGGUUUGUGA